ACACAAUUCUUCAACAUGUAAUUCGUAUCUGCAAGCAUGUGCAGUUUAUGAAGUCACUCAUUUUUGGCAUUGAGGCAUGGAGUGGUAGGGAACAGCCCUCUGGAGGGGCAGCGUGGAAGUGAGUUGCGUCGAGUUUGAAAGUGUACCGUAACGUCCGGUCACCCUUGCUGAUCGCCGUUUUGGAGAGCUUGGUAUCAUAAUGGUUUCGGACGAUGCAUUGGAAGUGAAGCUGCUUUUCUUCGAUACAUUUCUGCAUGCUCAACAGGAACUCAAUUUGGACCUUGUGCAGUUCCCGGAUCCAGUCUACGUGAAAGAAAUUCGUGUGAUUCCCUUGGGCGCAAAAGUAUCACAUGGAGAUUUAUGUGGUGGCAACAUUAUGGGUGCGACAAAUCCUUCAAAAUUCAGUCUCGAGUUCUUUGUGAAUGAUCUCAUUAAUCCCGGCGCCUCAACUUUCGAGCCUCUCGGGACCCUGCAGUACGACGAGCAGUCGUGUAUAAUCCUGCGCUGUGAAAAUGAGAUUCCUACCGAUGGCCUCGUCUUACGGGGUUUAUAUUCUGCGGUGACUUUGGCUGUGUUGGGAAACCGAGCUAAUAUUCAGGUAGAAACGCCAAAAAUCCCCGACGCUGAACUUCCGGAGACCACGGAUUCUUCCGGCAUUCAGACAACACCCACGAUCGCCACGUCACCGUCCGCUGCGGAAACAUCUCAGUCGACCCCGAUCGAGGUUGAUCAGUCGCAUGUUGUUGAAAUUUUUGCGGAUCUCGAUGAGCCUCGACGUGACCUGGACCUUCCCAAAUCUGAACUUGAUUCCCGUGACUCGUGUGCUAAAGAUUUCUGUCGAGAAGUUGCAUCUAGUGUGAAACCAGACUGCCAGUUAUCCCCGGAUCCUGGACUUCGGGUCGAGGAUGACGAUGAUGAUGACAGAGUGUUCAGUGAUAAAGCCAGAAAUAGAUCGCGUUCUAAUUCCGUGGACGCCGGACACGGUCGGUCUUCGGUGUCGAUUAAACUCUCUGGCAGUCAGCAUCGCCGUGACAGUAUUCAUUCUAGGAGUUCUUAUCGACGUCUAUCCAGAUCGUCUCCGAGAAGACGACGUGGAAGCGGGACUGAUGAAGAGCAGCGUUCUCGUAGCGCGUAUCGUUCGAGUGGUUCAGAAGACGAGCCUGCUUCUACGACGAUCGACGAAGGACCUGCUGCUGCAUUGGUGGUGUCUCGAUCACCACGCGAUGCCUCACCGAAGCACGAUAUUGAUUCACCCAACUGCAAUCCGGCUUCCUCGCUGGUUCCGGAUAGUGGACCAGCUCCGUUGUCUUCCAGCUAUCAGGACUUCGAGGAGAUCAUCAGUGAUGAUGACUUGCCCGAAGAAAUGGGUGAGCAUGAUGUGGAUCAUAAUCAAAAAGACGAAGAAUUGACGGGAUUGAAAGUCUUCGAUCCAAUGGCCGGGGUAGAAUUUCAGCCAUUGAUAUGCAUUCCUGACCCGAGUCUCACGGAAGGUGAACUAGAAACUCGGAAACUUCUUCUUUUGCAAGCAUUCGAAGAACCCCGAGAUGCCGAGGAAGAGUUUGAAGCAGAUGAGCGACUGCCGGAUGCUGCCAAAAAAGUUUCCCAGCUAGUUGUGAAUUUGCCGGAACCCGAAUCGUCCAGUGUGUGGGUGAACUCCGUUGAAGAAGUGAUUCCGUUGUUACCGAAGGCCGUCGCACAGCUUAUGCACAUGGGACGCACAUCAGGGAUUUUAGACGUGUUGCUGUCAUGGGCGGAAUUUGGUACGGAUUUUGACGCCGCACUGGAACAAGUCGAUUGCAAUUACGUGCUAAGGCAUUUAAAAGCCGGUAUUCGAUUGUGUUCCGGGAUUUGCUCAUGCUCACCUGCCAUUGCGAGUCGCCUUUUGCAACGAAGGAUACAACACCGGCUUCUGAACUUGUACGAACAAGACCACAUGAGUGUUCCUAUGAAGCUGCUGAUCCUGCAGGCGGUGGACAAGACGUUGGAUUUGAAGCUGGGCUUCGAUUUGGCUGUGCGAGAGGUGCGACACGGACGGAAACGCGGUGCCAGUGGGAAGCGAUCCGAAUCCGAACCCGACAUUGACGACGAUGACGACAUGAGUGACGUGGAUGACACCGGGUCAGAUCCGACGUUAUAUGAGAGACUGUGUCGCUUCGUGUUGAGCUCGAGGGGCUCUUCCCGACUCCGUGUCGCCGUCGUGAGAUUGUUAAACAAGUUUCAUUUCUGGGAGCUGCUGGAGACAUUGGGUAAAGAAAUAGAGGACUUGUUGGGAACCGAUUCCCGGAAGCAGAAGGCCGAAGAGAUCCUACAGAUCCUAGAAGAGAUCCUCCGGGUUUACCGACGGGCUGGAGUGAACCUGGGCCAGCCCGGACAGCAGCUGCCGGCCACUCGGCAAUUGCGCGUGCCGCCGCCGGUCGGCGACCCCUACCGUGGCGUCUUCUCCGCCUUGCAAACCUACUCUCUUCUCGAAGUGCUUCUGAUCCUGGCCUGUGUGCCCGGACGCGGGGAAGAGGCGAGGAAGGCGAAAGUCUGUCGGUUUUUGGACGACUUCUCGGCGAGUUUAAAAGGGUUGGCAUUCCUAAGUGCGAAUGGGGAACUUCUGGCGGCCAUUCUGAGGGCCGUGAUGCCGAAGCCGCCGGGUGGGAUUGCGGGGGAUGAUGAGCGGAGUCCGGACGCCGGGUCGCAGUCAGGAGAAAUCACUGGAGGCCGUUUCGCACAAAUGCUGGGUGUGCAGAUCAUCUAUUAUCUGCAGGCUUUAAAGCUGGUCGACAUGUUGUUCCGUCACUUGGCGUGUGCCGUUCCACAAAAGACGGACUUGGACCCGGAUUCUGAAGUUUCUCGCAGUGCUUCACCGGUAAGGAAACGCCUCGACACGGAAGAGCUCGUGGAAACGAUGAAGGACCUCUACGGACUAACGUUCCAGCCAGCGGGGAAAUGCGGCGUCGCUCACGUGCUAGGCUUGGAACGGAAUCUCGACGCGAUUUUACCCUUUUUGGCGAUCAACACUGUUUCUCCUGCGUGUCGUGGUUAUGCACUGGGUUUGCUUCAGUGUGCACUGCAAGGCAACGAUUCAGCGGAUAUAUUCCUGCGUUACGGCGGAUGUGAACCCGAGUCUUUGUGCUGCACCUUGGAAGCCUUGGCAGACGCUGUUGUGAGAGAGAAAGAAGCGGACCUGGUAGACCCGGCCACUGGGACGCGGAAAUCGAUCUACACGUCAGUGGGCUACGCCUCGCAAGCGCACUUCAGCUACAUUGAGACAACCAUUAGUGAUCUCUUGGCCUUGCUCGAACCUGUGAGGAACCCGUUGAGUCUGGAUCCAGAGACCGGUGUCGUGAUUUUGUGUGAUAUUGUUGCGAAGCAGAUUUCGCAAAUCCAGUUCGACUCCGAGGUGCCGCCGCCGUUUCCUUUCGCCCUGCUGACGUCUCUCCGUGUCCUUCGCACCAUGGCCAUCCCGUGGGACGUGAGUUGCGGCGACGGUGUGGACUCGGAGGAAGAGAAACAGGAGGACGCGGACUUGCGGUUCGACGCCGCCAUGAUCGCCAUGUUCUCCGCCGAUCUCAUGAGUUCCCUGAAAACGUUGCUGAUUCGCUUGUCGGAUUUCUACGUGCAGCCGACGGCGUCCCUGCGACUAUUCGGCGGGUCGUCCCCCGUAGCGCUGGCCUCACUCCUGGACGUGUCCGUGGCGCUGUUCCAUCGACUGACAGUGGCGGUCAUUGACGCCCUGAACGAGGACUUCAAGGACUUGACCCUGGCGCCGGUGUUUCUCAGCAGCUACUCCCUCGCCGUGGCUCUGGGUGCUGGACAAAAUGCCGUGUUGUGUGUAGAGCGGGCAGUGAGGAGGGUUCAGCGGAGGUGCUUGGACGCCUUGGCGGCCCACUUGCGUCCCAGGUUGCGCAGUACGAGAACCGUGUCUGUGUCGGGGGAUGGUAAAGAGGAGGAUGGAGGAGGUGGUGGUGGUGUUUGUCACGCUGGUGCUGGUGGUGUGGGAGCCGGCGGAGAAGAUGCAAGCGCGGCCGGGAAGAGUUUGUGGACCAACGUGCUCAAGAGGGUUUUCGAGCACUUGCAAACUGGGCCACAUUUGUGGCUGAGCGGAGUGAGGGUGUUGAGUGCGUUACUCCCGUUACCCCUGCCGUUGCAGGUACCGAAAGGAACCCGUGUGUCCGAAGAGGAAGCGGAAGAGUGCGAGCGACAGAGGAAACUGUGGUGUGCUCACGUGUGCUGUCUCGGGGAGAAGCCGUUUGCUGUGCUGCAAGUCCUGCCGAGGUCGUCGUCCUUGACUCUUUCGGCGACGUUGAAGCGCAUCGUGACGCAACUGGCGGAGUUGGGCGCCCCGAUCGCCAUCGUGGUGGCUAGGAGUUUGCUGGUUGGUGCCGCGUGUUGUCUCGACGACGGCGUCGACGCCUCGGCCGUCCGAUGCUUGUCUUUUCUCGCGUCGGUCCUCGGCGUGGCGACCGUGAAAGCCGCUGUCUUGUUCGUCAUUGACGGGUGA